AUGACAACCCAGGCUCCUAUUACGGAUGCCGAGUAUAUCACAGACGUCCUCAAUAUACCUAGCAUCCCAGGUUCAGAAGAUGCUGAAUCAAACGCUUCCGGUAGUGGCCAGCCUGACCUCGGUAGUAGAAGAGUUACUUUCGCAAAGUCCAAGUCCCUAUUUCUCGAUCGCCUGACUCGUGAUUUCGACUUGCUUAUCUACUGCGAACUAUCGGCUCUCUAUUAUAUGGAUUGUUCUAUUAUACAUUUCGCUGUACGGGCCAUAGUUCAGUUUCUAUUCCUUACCCCAAAAGCGGCCAACUUUCCCGAGCCACCGAAGAAUCAGCCAUUUAUUGGAGCAAUUAUUAUAAGUAACCUAGUCUGUAUCUUCCUACAUAUUGCUUCAGCCAAUCCAUCCGCAGGAGAAGCAUCCAGAGGAUACCUUCAUGGCGGGCUGUUCAUUGAUUUUGUCGGCCAAAAAGGACCUACUUCAAAGCUUCAGCUGCUCGCCGUGGAUCUAUUAGUUAUAUGCCUUCAAAUACUCAUGGUUGGAGCCAUCCUGGAGAAAGAGAAAGUCUCCGCGCUGAUUUCAUCGAGGCGAACCGCCGAAUCCAUCCCAUCUUCAACGGUGCCAGAGCAGGACCAUGAUUCCGAAGAGCAGGGUCUGCUGAGAUCAUCUCAAAAUUUGUCCAGCCAAGAGGAUGAUAUGGGGAACCGGCAAGUAAGUGGCCUUGAACUCUCGAAUCUUGGUGGUGAGAGGGGUGUAAAUGCUGUCAUUGGGAUGCAUCCGCGCGAUUAUUUUCACUCGGGGGAAGCCCUCAUUAUGAACUUGAACAUCGGCCGUACCCUUCGACAGCAGUGGCAGAGCCGAACAGCAGCGAUUGCGCCGCCUCAUGCCUCGUUAGGUGGUACCAGAGUCCCUGCAAGCACAUUUAUUAGACGUCAGCUGGGUAUUCAAACGGAACCCCGCUCCUAA